AUGAAGCGAGCGCCUGCAGGCAAAAAGGGCGUGGCCCUGUCGAAGCGCAGCCAGGCGGCGGCCGAUGCCUUUGACCGGCUGCCCGAGAACCCAACCAUUGAGGAGAUCAAGGAGGCGACGGUCAACGUCUCGCUGGCGGAACUCGAGGAGAGAGUGGCCGACGUGCGCGACUCGUGGGAGACGGACUCGCUGCUGGAGGAUGCCAUGGAGGAACUGACGGACGAGAGUGGAGUGUACUCUGGUAGACCAGACACUUGCACGCCGGAGGAGGCUUGCCGGCUGCGCCGCGAGCUGCGUGAACACGGCCCUGCCGUCUUCUGCCAGCGCACCGUCGAUGCCCGUCGCUACAGUGCAAAGAAGCUGCUCAGCGCCUUUGGCAUCCGGCCGCCCGCCUUUCUCGAGGGCCAGCCGGACGACGCCUACUUCCCCCUCCUGUCGCUGGCCAUUACGCGCGAGCUGUCCAAGCGGGCCAAGCUGAUGCGCUACAACACCGUCGACGACGCCGUGCGCCUCAUCGACAAGAGCCAGAACAUCAUCGUCAUCACCGGCGCCGGCAUCUCCACGUCGCUGGGCAUCCCCGACUUCCGCUCCCAGGGCACCGGUCUGUACUCCAAGCUGGCGCACCUGGGGCUCAACGACCCCCAGGAGGUCUUUGACAUUGAGGUCUUCAAGCAGGAUCCCACCAUCUUCUACUCCGUCGCCAAGGACAUCAUCCCGUCCGCCGACCGCUUCACGCCCACUCACAAGUUCAUCGCCAUGCUGCACGAGCGCGGCAAGCUGCUCACCAACUACUCGCAAAACAUUGACAACCUCGAGAUCAAGGCGGGCCUGCCCAAGGAGAAGCUCAUCCAGUGCCACGGCUCGUUCGGCACCGCCAGCUGCGUCCAGUGCCACUACCAGAUCGAGGGCGAGAAGAUCUUCCCCGACAUCCGGGCCGGCAAGAUCCCCCGGUGCACCCGAUGCCUCUCGUCUCUCAAGGCCGCCGGCGCGCCCAAGCGAAAGCGGUCCGCCGGCGCCGAGAAGAAGCGGAAGCGCUGGGCCGACGAGAGCUCCGACGACAACAACUCCGAGUACGACGUGCCCAGUGCCGGCGUCAUGAAGCCCGACAUCACCUUCUUCGGCGAGGAGCUGCCCGACGAGUUCUCGCGCCGCCUGACGGAGAACGACCGCGACAAGGCCGACCUGGUGAUUGUCAUUGGCACCUCGCUCAAGGUCACGCCCGUGUCCGAGAUUGCCAGCUUCCUGCCGCCGCACAUUCCGCAGAUUUACAUCUCGCGCCAGUCCGUCACGCACAUCAACUUUGACAUUGACCUGCUGGGCGACUGCGACGUGGUCGUUGCCGAGCUUUGCCGGCAGCUCAAGUGGCCGCUUGUGCACGAGAUGGUGCCGCCCGACCAGGAGAUAUCGGUGCGGACCGAGCCGGGAUAUCCCAACCGUCAUGUCUUUACGACGAACAAGCCCUACGUGCUCGAGAAUGGCGACGGCGCCAAGGACGCUGAGACGGCGCAAGACGACGAGUUCGUCAAAGAGGGUAAGGCCACCAAGAGCUCGUCAAAUCGCAGGAAUGCCACCAACAAGCCUGCGCAAAACGGCAAGGAUGGGAAGCAAGCCAAAGGAACUAAGAGCACCUGA